AGUAUGGCCCAGACCGCCGUACAGUGUGCAACGGUAUGCCGACAACAUCUUCAACUUAAACAGUCAAUUACGUACUGGAUGAAAGCGCGAACCCGCAACCAUGGGUCCUAAAUCUGUGUUUUUUGGUGAAAGAACUAACAGUGACACGAAUGUUAAUAACGCCACUAUAGCUUUAGAGCGCCGUUUAGAAAUGAGUACAGAGUUUUUUUUAGUGCCAAGCAGUACUACCCCUAGUACAUCAACAGUAAGUUAUAUUUCUAAGACAGCUUGCGCCGGGUGUCCCGUGGGAACUGAAAAACUAGUGGGUGUUUUUAGGAAUGAAGUUUGGGUCAUUCCAGUGCUAGCUUUAUCCGCAAUUACUAUGGUGUUGAUUUUAGGAUUUGAAGUGUUUGUUUUGUGCAAAGCGUGGAGAACAACCCCCAGUAGAAGACACCUCUUCUUAGGACAAAUGUUAUUAUUGGGGUUGUUCUGUUGCGCGGGACUUUCUGCUGUUUUCGCUGCAUCCCCAACACAAGUAACUUGUGCUAUAGUGCGGUUUGGUACGGGGGUAGCUUACACUAUCGUUUUCGCUUCUUUACUUGUUAAGUGCGUAUUUCUAAUAAGUUUAAACGGGGGUGUUUAUUUACCAGCACCUUAUCAAGGACUCUUAUUACUUUUUGCUAUACUUAUUCAAGUUGCCAUAGGGGUUCAAUGGUUGGUAACAAACCCUCCUUUCGUAGACGAUGUCGCCGUGGAUACGAUAAUAAAUCAAAAUAAAUACAAACUUUUACUCACGGUGGAAGAUAUCAAUACUCCCGUUAUUAUUCCGUUAUGUCGUACCGCUUACAUCGAUAUGCUUCUUUCGCUUAUUUAUGUGACAUUUUUGAUUUUAUUCGUAACAGUUUUGGCUGUUAAAUCGAGAGGAAUCAGAGAUAAUUAUCGGGAAGCUACUUAUAUCGCGCUUUCGGUAGGAUGCAGUAUUCCCACGUGGUUGAUUUGGACAGUUAGUGGCUUAUUAGUUAACGAACGACAUAAAGAUGCUUGCAUAGCUUUCGGACUUGUCACUUCGUCGGUUAUUAUAUUUCUAAUAAUGUUUAUGCCAAAGGGGAGACAGUUAGCGGCUAUUGGAAAGGAAGGAGUUUAUGUGGAAGAUAGAGAAGAUCGUUUGAGUACUUUAAGUAGAGCAUCUGGAUAUUCACCUUCGUUUUUCCAUUUCAAACCGAUUAAAUAUGGAUUGAGCCAUCAUGGAACGUCACAUAAGCAUCAUAGUUCUAUUACCACUUUGGGAGGAGAUCUGGCGACGUAUCCUCCUGCCCCGCCGAGUUAUACUCGUCUGUAUCAGUACCAUUGCUACCCGCCGGGGUACUACUCUACACGGUACCUACCAGCCGGCAUAUUAUUACGACCCGAUGACGGAAAUGUGUACACAACACUAGAACCCACACUUAGCAGCAAUCCGAACGUAUACUUUCAAAGAGGAAAUGGAAUGCAUCCUGGAAUGAUGUACUGAAUUAAAAACUAAAUUGACAACAACGACAAUCAGUAUCUAGUUACUUAGUAUUUAUAGCGCUUCACAAUUAUUUAUUAGUUGAACUAGAGUGUGUGAAAGAAGGGUCAACGAAAAGAUCGCUAUCUUACAAUUGAAGAGAAUCAAUGAUUUUCUUCAAAUAUAAAUUUAAGUUGAGCUAUAUUGAAAGUCCACAAAUAAAAAUGUCAUUCUUAACAUUUUUUAUGUUGAUAAAUCCAAGAUGGUGAAAUAUGUAGUAGGCGCCUGCAAUUUCAGUAGCUCUGUUUAGUGAUUUAGUUAAGUACUUAAUUUUUUUUUUCAAUAAAUACACAAAUGUAUUUCAUAAACGAGUGUUGUACAACAUUUAGCAUAAAUAAUUUUAGCUAUUUAUAUGGAUAUUAAACGUGAAAUUAAUAAAUCCGA